UUUGGGGAUUUUUUUAGGUACAGUGUAAUAAUGCUUCCAAUGGCUAACGGGAACUCGUAUUUUAACGACUUGAGAAUUAAACCCGAGAUAAUCGAUCCACCCGAAAACGACGAUAUAUUGGAUGUUGGCGAAAAUGUAAACGAAGCUUCCGAAAGUGCCCUUAAACCUAAUGUGGCGAUCUCGAGCAAUGUUCGUGAGUUACUCGAGUGUCCCGUUUGCUUGAAUGCUAUGUACCCUCCGAUUCAUCAGUGUUCAAACGGUCACACGUUAUGCUCCGGUUGCAAACCGAGGGUGCAGAAUCGAUGCCCUACAUGCAGACACGAGCUAGGUAAUAUCCGAUGCCUUGCGUUGGAGAAAGUGGCUGCAUCGCUCGAGCUUCCGUGCAAAUACCAAACAUUCGGCUGCGUCGGAAUAUACCCUUAUUACAGCAAGCUCAAACACGAGUCCCAAUGCACUUACAGACCUUAUAACUGUCCCUACGCUGGAUCGGAGUGCUCGGUUGUGGGUGAUAUCCCGUUUCUUGUGAGCCACUUGAAAGACGAUCACAAAGUUGAUAUGCAUAGUGGGACCACUUUCAACCACCGCUACGUCAAAUCGGACCCUCAUGAGGUCGAGAAUGCCACUUGGAUGCUCACGGUUUUCAGCUGCUUCGGACAAUAUUUCUGCCUCCAUUUCGAAGCGUUUCAGCUAGGAAUGGCGUCGGUGUACAUAGCAUUUCUCCGUUUCAUGGGUGACGAUAGCGAGGCCAAAAACUACAGCUACAGCCUCGAGGUAGGUGGGAAUGGGAGGAAGAUGACGUGGCAAGGAGUCCCGAGAAGUAUUAGGGAUAGCCAUCGAAAAGUUCGUGAUAGUUUUGAUGGGCUUAUUAUUCAACGUAACAUGGCCCUAUUUUUCUCCGGUGGAGAUAGGAAAGAAUUGAAACUUAGGGUUACCGGAAGGAUCUGGAAGGAGCAGUAGCACGCUCGUUCGGUGCACCGGAAUCUUUUUUUUUUUUUUUUUUUUUUUUUUAAUUUAUUUAUCAAAAUGUAGGAGGCAAAUUCUACUUGUUUGUCUGUGCUAUAAAUAAUAGGAUGCUUUUUGUUAGUGUUAUGAAACUUGUAGUUAAUAUUAA